AUCCAAGCAGUCGCGCAUUAACGCUAUUGCCGUGUGCGCUUACGUAUACGGCGCCGAAUUUUUCUAAUAUCGUAUUAUUUUACGGAACGCGAGGGACGAGAAUAUUAGAGAAAAAGGGAUUAGAAUAUUUUAACCUGAUACAUAUAUAUAUACAUACAAACAGGUAGAAAAAAGAAUAUCAAUUUCCUUUCAAAGCUCCGUCACGUACGUUCGAUCAUCCAUCCAUUUCGUCGUGAAAGAGACAGGAGGAGAUUCUAAAGCGAAGUACCAGUGUCUGAGAAAGAAAUAUGAAUUUAAUAAUAAUAAUAAUAAUAUAAAAUCAAAAAAAACAAAGAAACAUUAAAAAGUAUCUUCUUCGAUUGUUGCACGAAAUAAUUUUUUCGUAUGAAACCAUUUAGUUGUUGUUGCUGUUUUAAUUCAUCUCCUAUACAUAUGUAAAGGACGUUAUAUCCCAAGUGUCCAAUCUUCAUUUUCUUUAAAGGUUGCAACGCUAUGUGAAGUCGGUGAGGUUUACCUGGCACAACACAUGGGCGAGCAAGGUAGAUGGGUGUCGUCAACCGAUAAGAAGAGUUGUAUGACGGACAAACUCGAGAUUUUAGAAUAUUGUAAGAAGGCAUAUCCAAAGAGAGACAUCACUAACAUCGUCGAGUCGUCACAUUAUGUCAGAGUUAGUGGGUGGUGCAAGCCUGGUAGAACCAAAUGUAAAUUGUCGAGAUGGGUUAAACCAUAUAGAUGUUUGGAGGGUCCCUUCCAAAGUGAUGCACUUCUUGUACCGGAGGGAUGUCUUUUCGAUCAUCUACAUAAUCAGACCAAAUGUUGGGAAUCGCAUAGGUGGAACGCAACAGCCGCUGAUACCUGCAGAGAACGUAACAUGAACCUAAGAAGUUUUGCUAUGUUGCUACCAUGCGGGAUAUCACUCUUCUCUGGUGUCGAGUUCGUAUGCUGUCCGAAACACCUGAAAGAAACUGUAAAAGUAAAGAAACCGAUCGAUUUACCAAUUCCAAAAGGAGUUGACUAUGAUCUCGACGACGAUCUCGAUGACGAGGAUGAUCUCGAUGGUGAAGCCGACGAGGAUAAUGAUUCUGAAAGCGAUCUCGAUGAUGUAUUCAGUGAUCAACCUGACGAUGACGAAAGUGACGAAGAAUAUUUAGACGAUUAUGAUACAACUACGAGCCGACCGUCCACAAUAUUCUCAACGACUGAGAAAGUUAAACAAGAAGCAACGGCAAUGCCCUUACCACUUAGUAGCAGCACACAACAACCAUCUCAAUCACAAGGUACACCAGACCCUUACUUGACUCAUUUUGAUCCACGAUCAGAACAUCAGAGUUACAAGCAAGCACAGAUGAGGCUCGAGGAAGUACACAAAGAGAAAGUAACAAAAGUGAUGAAGGAUUGGAGUGACCUAGAGGAAAGGUAUCAAGAUAUCAGAGCUCAUGAUCCAGUUGCAGCUGAUGCUUUCAAACGAUGGAUGACUGCACGAUUCCAGGAAACUGUUGCAGCUUUGGAAGAAAGUGGUGCUGCUGAAAAACACCAGCUCAGUGCGAUGCAUCAACAACGAGUGCAAGAAGCUGUUAAGCAGAGAAACGAAGAAGCUAUGUCCUGUUACACUGCUGCUUUGAAUGAAACUCCACCAAAUACUCAUCGUAUUCAGAAAUGCCUACAAAAGUUGCUCAGAGCUCUUCACAAGGACCGACACCAUACCAUUGCUCAUUACAAGCAUUUACUCGACAGCAGUCUGGAACAAGCUCAACGCGAGAAACCAGCGACACUGGAACAUUUGGCAGAAAUCGAUAGAAUUACAAAUCAAAGCUUAUUGAUGUUGGAACGAUAUCCUGAUCUGAGUGCAAAAAUCGGGCGUUUAAUGGAUGACUAUGUUUUGGCGCUUCGCAGUAAGGAUGAAACACCAGGUUUAUUGUUAGCAAUGACUCGAGAGGCAGAAGCAGCUAUUUUAGACAAGUAUCAAGCGGACGUUGCUAGCAAACAAGAAGAAAAAGAACAUCAGAAGCAAUUAGAACGUGCACGCAAGGAAAAACGUAAGGGCGAACGUGGUGAAUUACGUGCAGAACAAGAACAGCAUGAAGAAAAUGAUUCAGUGAAUGACAAUAAGUAUUCUUCGCAGCAGUCUGAACAACCGGCUCCCGUUGCAACGCUGCAUAAUGAAGGAGUGGUUAGGGCAGCACACAGUAUGACUCAUGAUGCCUCACAUUCUGAACCGGGAUAUUUAGUAAGACGUGAAAUAUAUCACAAAGAGAGCCGAUCAGUCUAUUUUACGCUAGCAUUUGCUGGAAUCGCACUUAUGGCAGCCGCAAUCGUAGGAGUUGCUGUAUUCAAGAGACGUAAUGCGAGAAGCCCACACAGCCAGGGUUUCAUUGAAGUUGAUCAAGCAGCAACACCGGAAGAACGACACGUAGCCAACAUGCAAAUAAAUGGCUAUGAAAAUCCGACAUAUAAAUAUUUCGAGGUGAAAGAAUAAUUGAUUGAUUUUAGUCGGAACAUUUUAUCCGCUUUUAAAUAAUAAAAGCUGGUCUCGAAUA